CUUAUUUAUAUUGUUAAACUAAAAUCUAAUAGAUAUAAGAACUCACCGGUUAUGGGGUGACUGCAUCUGUAUUGAAGUAAUGGAAGGACAGAGGCAAAGGUGCGUUUAUGUUACAGCGCGCCAAAAGAAGAAGCUUAUUGAGCUAAUAAAGCAGAACCCAGAGUUAUUGCCCAGUAACAUCCGGAAAGGCCAGUACAAGGAAUGUCAAAAAAGAUGGCAGAACAUAGCAGUAGAGUGUAAUUCUUUAGCCGGCGCCAAGAAGACUUGGAGGCAGUGGAGAAAAACUUGGCAAGAUCUUCGGUCAAAGACUAAAAAGAGGAACUUGGGUGCUUACAAACAGCUACCUGCAACGGCUGCAACAAUCAACAAUUACUUGACACCAGAGGAACAGGAAGCCUUAGGAAUUAAAGAUUCUCCUACAAAGAGUGAGAGCCCACCAAGAGAGGAGACUCCAGAAUUUGUCCAGUUAGACCAAGACAUACUACAGGACAACAGCUUCAAUAACGAUAUGGAAUACACAGCAUCAAUUAGUGAGCCUGAAUCUCCCCCGGAAACAAAAGUUUUCACCUCAGAACGGAGAAAAGUAAAAGUUAAGAAUAAUAAAUACAAAAGCUCAAAGCAUUCCAAUUGCUAUUUCAACUGUGAUGCCUUAACUAACAUGGAGGAGCGAAAACUACAGGUCAAGGAAGACUAUCUCAAAUUUAAAAAGGAAUAUUUGAAACAAAAGUUAAAAUUAAUCAAAGAGCAGACAGAAGCUUUGAAGAGUAUAGCAAGAGAACUUUCCAAGUGAUAAUAUAAGUCUAGAUUUAGUUUUUUUUGUACAAUGCUGAGUAUCCAAAAAGUUACAAUAAACAAUUUAAAUGGUC